CCCCGCUCCCCUCUCCUCUCUCGCCCCUGCUUGCCGCCGGUGAUGGCCACCUGGCGUGGCAGUGAUGAUGGCGGUGGCGGUGGUGCUGGCGAUGCAUCUGGUGGCAGUGGUGCUCCUGCAGAUCCAACAGAGGUUUGUGGCAGUUCAAACCCAUCUCAGGCUCCGCCUCUUCCACAGCCGCCGUCGCCGUCUUACUGUGCUGAGUACGCGGCGGCGAGGGCAUUCGCCAAGGCCGUGAAGGAAGAUCCAGAGGGGAGCCAUCACUACGCAUCCUCCUUCGGCGGUGUCUCAUUGAAUGAUGAAGUGUGGGAAGUCAGAUUCCAUUUCCAUGACAGAGAUAAUCUUGAAAGAAGCCUAAAUGUGGAUGAUAUCACAUUUUACAAUCUGAUUGCACUAAUAGAGCUUGAAGGAUAUGGGAUGACAGACUUUAUGUAUUAUGUCAGAGAUCCAGGUGUUGGGGUUUCAGGUAUGGAAGAACUGACAGAUGAUGAUAAGGUGGAGGAAAUGUUGGAUGACCUAGUUGUCAAAGGUCAGAAGGUGGUGAACAUAACAGUCAUCAGAAGUGAUGCUCCAAGACCUAGUGAUUUGAACAUUGGACCAGUUUGUGAGGAGCAGGUUCCAUUAUCUAAAAUAGGUGUGCCAGUGGUGUAUGAGAUAGAUACAGCAGGAGUACUGUUUCCUAGCCCAACAAAGCCACAACAAGUGCCAGUGCAGGUCAUUAACACACAGGAGAGUACAUUUUUGAAGCAGAAGUGUGCACCAGUAGCAGAAUUUGCAAUGGAGCAAGACCAAGAUCAAGAGCAAAUUGAGCAACUGAUGGAGCAGAAGAGGAAUGAAGAGAUUGAGAAGUUCAGGAAAAAGGGGAAAGAAAAAGAGAAAUACAAGGCAGCUAAAAGAAAACUUCCAGAGCUAAUGGCUGAAGAUUUCACUGAUAGUGACAGUGACACAGAUUUACUAGCAGAUGAGGAUAUAAUUGCUAGGCUUGAGGCGAUGAAGAAGCAUAGAGAUGAUCCACUUCAUCAUAUUGAAGGGGACACUGAUGAAGAUUGGUUUCCUUCAUUUGAUGAGGAGAGCAACCCUGGUGACCUAAGUGAGGAGGACAAUGAUGGGGCUCAAAUACCAUGUGUGAAGCUUCCAGCUGAUAGGAAGAGCAGGGCUAAAAAGAGGAAGCCUAGAGUUUGGUAUGAUGAGCAAAGGGAGAACCCAGAAGAGCAAUUUAUGAAGAAGCUUUGUUUCCUAGAUUUGACCCAGUUCAGGAGGGCACUUCUUAAUUUUCACAUCUCACAAAAUAGGAACCAUGCCUUCCACAGGAACUGUCCAGACAGGAUUAUAGCUGUCUGCAAAUUUGAGAAUUGUCCAUUUUUCAUUGCAGCUUCUCAGAUAGCACAUGAGAAGACAUUCUGUAUAAAGAAACUGAACUUGCACCACAGCUGCCCAGUAGUAGGAGAGAGCACAAAAGUUACUGCUAAGUGGUUGGCACAUGAAUGUGAGCAACAGUUGAGGACAGACCCCAACACACCUGUCCAGACUAUAAUUUCAAACUUGAAGCAAAAGCAUGGAAUAGAGGUAUCUAUACAUAUGGCCUAUAGGGCAAGAAAGCUAGCUAAAAAUGUAGUCCUAGGAGAUCAGAAGGCACAAUAUCAUAGGAUAAGGGAUUACCUAGAAGCUGUGCUAGAAACCAAUCCAGGAAGUAGAUGCAUUGUCACAACAAAGCACCUGAAACUACAUCCAAGCAAAAACCCAAGAUUCCAUGGCUUGUUCAUCUGCCUCAAUGCUUGCAAAGAGGGUUUCCUUAAUGGUUGCAGACCAUUCAUAGGUGUUGAUGGUUGCUUCAUAAAGUUGACAACAGGGCAGCAAAUCUUGGCUGCCACUGGAAGAGAUGGAAACAAUAACAUAUUUCCCAUUGCUUUUGCAAUAGUGGACAAGGAAAACACAGCAAGCUGGUCUUGGUUUCUUACUCAAUUAAAAUAUGCCAUUGGUGGUGAGUCAGGCAAGUUUGGCUACUACACUAUUAUAUCUGACAGGCAAAAGGGCCUUCUUACAGCCAUAAACAAUGUAUUCCCCAAUUGCAAACAAAGAUUCUGCCUUAGACAUAUUUAUCAGAACUUUCAAACUGCUGGUUUUAGAGGGGAAGAGUUGAAGAAAUACAUGUAUCAGGCAAGUUAUUCCUAUACUGAGCAUGGUUAUGUAACUGCAAUGGAAGGCAUGAAAAAGGAGUGUGAGCCAGCUUGGAAAUGGCUAUCUAGGAUACCAAAACAUACAUGGGCUAGGCAUGCCAUGGACAACAAUUGCAAAACUGACUUGGUAGUGAACAAUAUAAGUGAAGUUUUUAACAAGAUGAUACUUGAUGUCAGAGCCAAACCCAUUAGAACUAUGGUAGAUGGGAUCAGGACAAAGCUGUUAGUGAAGUUCAAUGCAAAUAGGACAAAGACUGAGACUGCUAAGUGGCAGAUAUGCCCAACAUAUGCUGAGAAGCUAGAGGAAGCAAAACAUCAUUCUAGGUUUUGUCAGUCUAUCAAAGCUGGACCUGAUCUCUUCCAGGUGACAAGUGGAGAAAGCACAUAUGCAGUUAACUUGUUGCUACAUACAUGUGGUUGUAGGAAGUGGUACAUGUGUGGAGUACCUUGCAAUCAUGGUGUUUCUGCAAUCAACAAGGCAAAACUACAGCCAGAAGAUUUUGUUCAUGAUUUCUUCAAGAAACCAAUGUAUAAGGCAGCUUAUAGUCCAAUAGUUUUCCCUGUGCCUGGGCCUGAUUUGUGGCCAAAGACUAGAACCCCUGACAUUGAACCACCAGUGUUCAAAGAAAAGCCAGGAAACAAAGAGACAAAGAGGAGAAAGAGCAAGUUUGAAAAGCCAGCUCCAAAGGAUACAUCUAGGAUGGCAACUAUCACUUGUAGCAAUUGCAAUAGGACUGGGCAUAGAUACACUAGUUGCAAGCAGGCUCUUAAACCAUCCCUAGCUAUGAGAAUGAACCAGCACCAGGAAAACAGGAGAGAUGAUACACCCAGAACUGUAUCUGCUCCUGGUCCCAUGCCACCAAGGAGAAGUGCUCCUUCUGCUCCUGCUGCUGCUCAAACUGCAGCUCCAGCUCCACCAGCUCCAAGGGCUCCAAGGGUAUCAAGGAGAGCUCCUUCUGCUCCUGCUUCAGCUCCCAGUGCACCAAGGAGAGCUCCUUCUGCUCCUGCUGCAGCUGCUGCUCCUCCUGCUACAAGGGCAACAAAGAAAGCUAAAACUACAAGGACUGCAACUUCUACUGCUGGUGCUGGUCCAAGUUCUACUGCUGGUGCUGGUCCAAGUUCCUCUACUGCUGCUGGGCCAAGAGGAAGAAACAAGUUCAUCCCCCCAAGAGUUGCAGGUAGUGGAAGAGUGAGGAAGCCAUCCUUUAAGAUGUCUGAGUGGUUCAACUAUUCUCAAGGGAGCAGGUGA